AUGCUCAAGUUCCAGGUCCACUCUCCGGGCAAGGUCAUCCUGCAUGGCGAGCACGCUGUUGUGUACCAUCGUCCGGCCCUCGCCGCCGUCGUGGGACUAGGCACUAAGCUAAGAUUCCACCAACAAGAGGGCAGUCAGGUGGCCAGCUUUCAGUUGGACGCGCUUAACUGCACACUGGAGAUCCAGUUGCCAGAGUUCAAUGCCUUUCUCGCGGACUUCCGCAGCAAAUAUCCGGCCGACAGUACUGCCAAGUUACUGGAGGCGGUCAGAGCAGAGGUGGCCAAACAGUUGGAGCGAUCGGCGGGCAACUCUACGAAGCCACACACCCAGCGAGCGUUCGUCUCCAUCUACUACUUGCUGGCGGGCGCUGUACUCUCUUCGCCCAAAGAUGCAAAGUUGACGCUUCAAACCGGUUUCCAGGUGCAGGUAGACAGCGAGUUGAAUGUGGGCGCCGGUCUGGGUAGUUCGGCUUCGUUUGGAGCCGCCCUCGCAACGGCUUUUCUAAUUUUGGCCGGUCACUUUGAUCGCGACAGCUACUUGCAGGAGGAGAACCAGGCCUUGAUAUCCACCUGGGCUUACGAAUCGGAAAGGGUCAACCACGGAACCCCCUCAGGCCUAGAUAACACAGUGUGCACCUAUGGAGGUAUGCUGCGAUAUGUAAAAGGUCAGGGCUUCCAGUCCCUUCGCAUUCAGAAGCCACUUAACAUACUUUUGGUGGACAGUCGCGUCAGCCGCAGCACCGCGGAUAUUGUGGCCAAAGUGCGCCACCUUGCCGAGGGCUUCCCACAGCUCAUAGAGGCCAUCUGGCAGGCUUGUGAGGAGCUAGUCACAGCGGCAGUACCUCUCUACGAAAGCUUUGGAAACGCUCAGGACGACAGUGCCAAGUUUGAGAAGCUGGAGCGCCUCUUCCAGAUCAACAAUGAUCUUCUAAAGGCCAUUGGCGUUUCGCACCCCAAACUGGAGCAGAUAUUCACCAUUGCUUUUAAGCGGGGCUUCUUCUCGAAGCUAACUGGCGCCGGCGCCGGUGGCUAUGUGAUCGUGCUUCUGCCAGAGAACUAUGAGUGCAAUGAGGUGUACUGGAAGCUCAAGGAAGAACUAGAAUCAGCCGGCUUCGGGGUCCAUGUAACAACGGCUGGUGGCGAGGGGUUGCGUGUUAGCCCGCUGGACGACUGAUGCAGCAUUUACUCCACUCUCGUUUUGUAUUGCUAUUGUAUGUAUUUGUGGUUUUGUUAUAACUUAAAAAU